UAGCCGUGCCUUGGAGUGAGGGUCCCCCCGCCUCCUCUCCCCCGUCCCGUCCCCUCAUCGUCCCAUGCUCAUUCAGGAAGCUGUCUUUGCGGCCAACCCUUUGCAGCUGCCCCUGGGUUCGCAGGGCCUCUCGCGGAGGGGCGUCCGAGCCGGAGAGAAGGACUGCUCUGGGGGCGUGGGCCUCAGGCCAGGGCUGAGCUGACCCUUUGUUUGGGGGCACAAGCACGUCUGUUCCUCAACUCGCCCAUGAGCCCCGUGGCCAGACUGGACACCGGCCCAGAACGUGCCGUCCUCUUAGCAUCUGAGGUUUGCCCGCCAGUUGCGGGAAAGUCCAGGGUGAGGGGUCGGCGUCUUCUCCUCUAGACUGUCCUUACUUUGCUCCUGACUUCUGGGUCUCCGAGUCUGGGGAGAUGGCUGUCCUGGGUGUGUGCACUUAUCUGGGGAGUGCACGCCUCAGCGGGGUCCCCGAGAAAGCCAGGGGCAGGGACUCAUUCAGGGCCCCUGGUCACGUGCUGCCGGUUUCGGUCUGUGAGCUCAGCCUGCCUUCACCAGACAGGCUGUGGCCCCAUCGCCAGGUAAGUAUGGCACCCCCAGGGCUGGAGGAGGCGACCCAGGCCUGGUGCCCUUCCUGCAGAGGCUGUUGGAGGUGCCUGUGGAAGGCCAAGCCCCUGGGCCUCUGGACUGGGGCGGGCUGGCGGUUGUGGGGCCUGAACUUGUGGAGCUUCUCCCUGCCGCAGCUUGUGGCUGACUGUCCAUUCGUCCCUGGGUGUCCAGCUUGACUGCUGGAGGUGGCUGCAAGCUGCCCGUUCUGUCACCAAGUGACCCCACUCGCUUUCGCUUUUGCUGCAGACACUGAGCAUGUCUCUGCGACCUUUGACCUGGGUGCCGGCCCACCUGUUAAUGGACCUGCCCGUGUAGGGGGUGGGCAGAAGGGCAGGGGCCUGGGGGGCCAGGUGCGCCCCCCCGGCAGAGCCUGGCUAUGCCACUGGAGGUGACGGCUCAUGCGGGGCGGCCGGGGGAGGUGACCGCGGGGGUUGCGGGGCCGCUGAGCCCCGCCUCUUGCCCGCACCCCCACCAGCUUUCUUCCUGCGUCUCUUCCUGCCGCUGCGACGUCCAAAGUAGCUUUACUCUUUAUCACCGUGUUUUCUGUUUCAGUUCGUAUAUGUGUUUUAUUUGCCUUUUUUUAAUUAUAUUUAAGUUCUUUUUAUUUUGUGUUCUAGGUUUUAAGGUCUUUCUAAUUUCUUAAUUUUUUUUGUUGUUUUUUUGUUCUGUUUUUUGUUUUUAUGUGCUGUAUUUUCAGUGUUUUAACCAAACAGUUGUGGCUACUCAUGGUGAGGAAUGACCGCUAAGAGUUUGGGUUCUUUGCAUUUGGAGGUCACUGCCACACGUUGAUGGUUUAGGAGGUUGAGAGGUUUGCCGUUAGUGUCCACAGGACGAGAUGUCCGAGUCGGGCCAGUCUUCCGCGGCUGCCACGCCCAGCACCACGGGCACCAAGUCCAACACGCCCACGUCCUCCGUGCCCUCGGCGGCGGUGACGCCGCUCAACGAGAGCCUGCAGCCGCUGGGGGACUACGGCGCCAGCACAAAGAGCAGCAAGCGGGCUCGGGAGAAGCGGAACAGCCGCAACAUGGAGGUCCAGGUCACACAGGAGAUGCGGAACGUCAGCAUAGGCAUGGGCAGCAGUGACGAGUGGUCUGAUGUUCAAGACAUCAUCGACUCCACCCCGGAGCUGGACAUGAGUCGGGAGCCCCGUCUCGAUCGCACGGGCAACAGCCCAACCCAGGGGAUCGUGAACAAGGCUUUUGGCAUCAACACUGACUCCCUGUACCACGAACUGUCGACCGCGGGGUCGGAGGUCAUCGGGGACGUGGAUGAAGGAGCGGACCUGCUAGGGGAGUUCUCAGUGCGCCAUGAUUUCUUUGGAAUGGGCAAGGAAGUGGGGAACCUGCUGCUGGAGAACUCACAGCUUCUAGAAACCAAAAACGCUCUGAACGUGGUGAAGAAUGACCUCAUCGCCAAGGUGGACCAGCUGUCCGGGGAGCAGGAGGUGCUGAAAGGGGACCUGGAAGCUGCCAGACAGGCCAAAGCCCGGCUGGAGGGCCGCAUCAAGGACCUGGAGGAGGAGUUGAGGAGAGUGAAGUCAGAAGCCAUCAUCGCCCGCCGCGAACCCAAAGAAGAGGUGGAGGAUGUAAGCAGCUAUCUCUGUACAGAAUUGGACAAGAUCCCCAUGGCGCAGCGCCGCCGCUUCACACGGGUGGAGAUGGCGCGUGUGCUCAUGGAGCGGAACCAGUACAAAGAAAGGCUGAUGGAGCUUCAGGAGGCCGUGCGGUGGACCGAGAUGAUCAGAGCGUCCCGAGAGCAUCCGUCUGUCCAGGAGAAGAAGAAGUCCACCAUCUGGCAGUUCUUCAGCCGCCUCUUCAGCUCCUCCUCCAGCCCCCCUCCGGCCAAGCGCUCCUAUCCCUCGGUGAACAUUCACUACAAAUCACCCACCACGGCCGGCUUCAGCCAGCGCCGCAGCCAUGCCAUGUGCCAGAUCUCGGCUGGCAGCCGGCCUCUGGAGUUCUUCCCCGAUGAUGACUGCACUUCGUCCGCCCGCCGGGAGCAGAAGCGCGAGCAGUACCGGCAGGUGCGCGAGCACGUGCGCAAUGACGACGGGCGGCUGCAGGCCUGCGGCUGGAGCCUGCCGGCCAAGUACAAGCAGCUGAGUCCCAAUGGGGGCCAGGAGGACACGCGGAUGAAGAACGUGCCUGUCCCCGUGUACUGCCGCCCUCUGGUGGAGAAGGACCCAACCAUGAAGCUGUGGUGUGCUGCGGGCGUCAACCUGAGUGGGUGGAAACCGAGCGAGGACGACUCCACGAAUGGAGUCAAGCCCCCACCAGGCCGUGACCCUCUGACCUGUGACCGGGAAGUGGAAGGAGAGACCAAGAGCAAUCACACGUCCCCCGAGAAGAAGGCAAGAGAGCUCCCCGAGGUGGAUGCCACCUCCAGCCGCGUGUGGAUCCUCACCAGCACCCUGACCACCAGCAAGGUGGUCAUCAUCGAUGCCAACCAGCCGGGCACCGUGGUGGACCAGUUCACCGUCUGCAAUGCCCACGUCCUGUGCAUCUCCAGUAUUCCAGCGGCCAGUGACAGCGACUACCCUCCGGGGGAGAUCUUCCUGGACGGCGACGUAAACCCAGAAGACUCCAGUGCAGACGGUGUGCUGGCGGGUAUCACCCUGGUGGGCUGUGCCACCCGCUGCAACGUGCCACGCAGCAACUGCUCCUCCCGAGGGGACACCCCGGUGCUGGACAAGGGCCAAGGGGAGGUGGCUGCCGUCGCCAACGGGAAGGUCAACCCAGCUCAGUCCACGGAAGAGGCCACAGAAGCCACGGAGGUGCCAGACUCUGGGCCCAGCGAGGCGGAGGCAGCUGCGGUGCGGCCCGGGCCCCUCACGGAGCACGUCUUCACUGACCUGGCCCCCACCCCGGCCCCCAGCACCCAGCCUGGCAGCGAGAACGGGCAGGAGGCCGACACGGGGGGUGUGCAGCCAGAGCCGGAGCCCAGCGCAGACCCUGCGGGGGCCAGCACCAGCGCUGCCCCCACUAUGUGGCUGGGAGCCCAGAACGGCUGGCUCUACGUGCACUCGGCUGUGGCCAACUGGAAGAAGUGUCUGCACUCCAUCAAGCUGAAGGACUCCGUCCUGAGCCUGGUGCACGUGAAAGGGCGAGUGCUGGUGGCCCUGGCAGACGGAACUCUGGCCAUCUUCCACCGAGGCGAAGAUGGCCAGUGGGACCUGAGCAACUACCACCUGAUGGACCUGGGCCACCCACACCACUCCAUCCGCUGCAUGGCCGUCGUGUACGACCGCGUCUGGUGCGGCUACAAGAACAAGGUGCACGUCAUCCAGCCCAAGACGAUGCAGAUCGAGAAAUCGUUUGACGCCCACCCACGGCGGGAGAGCCAGGUCCGGCAGCUGGCGUGGAUCGGCGACGGGGUGUGGGUGUCCAUCCGCCUGGACUCCACGCUGAGGCUCUACCACGCCCACACCCACCAGCACCUGCAGGACGUGGACAUCGAACCCUAUGUCAGCAAGAUGCUGGGCACAGGCAAGCUGGGCUUCUCCUUCGUGCGCAUCACAGCCCUGCUCAUCGCGGGCAACCGCCUCUGGGUGGGCACCGGCAACGGCGUCGUCAUCUCCAUCCCACUGACCGAGACCGUGGUCCUGCACCGAGGCCAGCUCCUGGGGCUCCGGGCCAACAAGACCUCCCCCACCUCCGGAGAGGGGGCCCGUCCGGGGGGUGUCAUCCACGUGUACGGUGACGACAGCAGUGACAAAUCAGCCAGCAGCUUCAUCCCCUACUGCUCCAUGGCCCAGGCCCAGCUCUGCUUCCACGGGCACCGCGACGCCGUCAAGUUUUUCGUCUCCGUGCCAGGGAACGUGUUGGCCACUCUCAACGGCAGCGUGCUCGACAGCCCGUCCGAGAGCCCCGGGCCGGCCGCCCCUGCCUCUGAAGCCGAGGGCCAGCAGCUGAAGAACGUGCUGGUGCUGAGUGGCGGGGAGGGCUACAUCGACUUCCGCAUCGGCGACGGAGAGGAUGACGACACAGAGGAGAGCGCGGGGGACGUGAACCAGGUGAAGCCCUUGCUGUCCAAGGCCGAGCGCAGCCACAUCAUCGUGUGGCAGGUGUCCUACAGCCCCGAGUGAGGCUUCGGCUUCCGGCGCCCCUCCUGCCGACGCCAACGUGUACAUACGACCCCGCCCGCCUGCCCACUGCCCGCCCUGCAGGCAGCCCGGCACCAGCCCCUCUUCUAACCUCUCAACCUGCAGCUUUCACCUUACGGCCGGGCGUCCCCGACAGCGGGCGGCAACGUGGGUCAGGGAGGCAGGGAACCCGGGUGGCGCUCUCACCAGGGAGGGGAAGGACCUCUCCAGACAGACGUGCUUUCCCCGGCAGCUUGUGGCCGGCCCCCCAUCCCAAGUUCCCACGUCCCAGGGGCCCUUUGGGGCCAGAGCGAGGCAGGAUCCCGUGGUAGGUCAGGCUGGGAAGAGGCCCUACAGGCAGCUCCCAGCUCCCCCCGGGCCCCCCCCCACUUCCUGUGCUCCUGGAGCAGGAGGCAGGGAUUUCCGCCCGCCAAGUCUUCCCAGCUGGAGCCCACUAGCCUUUGCCUGCUGCCUGAAGGGGGGGCCUGACCCUAGGGGGGCCGGCCCAGCCACUAGCCUUCCCUGGACGCUCCCCACCCCGCUCCCUGCCACCCCGGGAACUGGCAUGAAAGCGCGUGACCAGCCUGCCUAAGGCAGCUGCCCUCUUUCUGCUCACUGUCGGGCAGGAGACCCCCCUGGCAGGAGCAGGCUCUGGAGUCCUACCCAUCCCAGAAACCCCUAGGGUGGAAUUUCUCAGGCUGCCAGGGCAAGCCCAGGCCUCAGGAAGAAGGGGGAGGCCCCUGGCCUCUCCUGGGGUCGGUCCUAAGAUACAGGCUCAGCCUCAGGGUGACAGGGGAACUUGUCUGGGGACUGCCUCCCACAGUUUCCAAGGAGCCCAGCUCCCGAGACACACUCUAAGUGCCUAGGGCUGGCAGUGUGGCCGGCUCUGGGUGUGGAUGGCCACUUGCUUUGAGGGGUGCCGCCCUGGACUGCUGCUCCCUGAACCUACUGGAGAGGGGCGCUGGUUGGGGCAGCCCCCGGCCCUGCUGCCCACCCACCUCCCACCAGAGAAGCACACAUCUCCGGCAGCCUCCCCAGGAGCCCAGCCGGCCUGGCCACAGCCCUGUGCAGCUGCAGGCUUCCCCCCACCACCCUGCCACCCUCCACUGUGAUGUACGUUCAGUCCCUUGUCUGUUCCCACAGGCCGUGCAGUGACUCGGGGGCUAGCUGGGUGGGUGCGGCUGGGGGGGAGGGGCUGGGCGGA